UGAUCAUGGUAACAUGAGCCCUCAGCGGUGGUGCCUUCACGUUUCUCUUUCUCUUACCGUACAGAAUUUUUAAUGUGAAUAUACUUCUCAUAUAUCAUUAUGUCUAACAGGUGUUCGUUAUUCGUGCUAACACGUAACAAUAUGUUACGUUUAUACGUUUUUUUGUAUGCGCACAAACUGUCGGAAAUGACCGAGGAAAUGUCAGGUUAUCGCUCUGUAGGUCUGACCCGCGUCCGAUCAUAAUAUUUCCGACAGACUGCAAACAUAUCAAAGAACGUCAGCGACGUGCAGGAAGUGUCUGCGAAACAUUAGACGUUACAGGUGGAUAAAGGUCGAUAUGUGAUGUUUCAGGCGGUUGGACGGGGAACAUGGCGGCUUGUUUUCUGCGUGGUGUCCUUCUCGUCACCCUCACGGCGUGGACAUUAGCAGACGAUGGACAGUUGACGUUCAUGUCAGAGCUCUCAUCCAAACCUGCUCAGACGUUGUCAAAGUACAGUUGGUACGGCAACGUGAGGCUGCAGAGGUUUCACAUUCCAGAGGAGACUGCCAUCGCUCGCUGGCUGUUCUCAGUCACAAAAGUCAAUAACUUCCACUGUGGACAGAAAAAUGUCACCAUCCAAAUUCGAUGGGGUGCCCCUCCAGUAGUAAACCCGAUAAGUUCGGUGUUUCCUAAUGCAACAAUGUGGAGCCCCUGCCUGUCUCUGACCCUUCCAGUAGCUUCACAGAGCACCACCACCACGUUCAACUUGUCUGACCCCUCUCCUGGUGACUGGUAUGUUACUGCCCACCUUCCUGUGGAUGACGGGCGCAUAGAGCAGAAGGGUCUUCCGUCCUGCUCCUAUUUUUUCCAGCCUCAGCUAUCGAUCAGGAGAGCGGUGGACACACCCAUUUUACAGCAGGGUACAUUCCUCCAACAAACCGCCACACCUGACAGUCCGACACGCCUCAAGCUGUAUGUUCCAGAGUUUGCAUCUUCUCUCUCCAUCUCUGUGGCCGACUGUUCAUCAGGGGAAGGAACAGAUGGUGGGAACUGUUCACUGGUCCUCAGACUGGGCUCUUCCUCUCUGCAGCAGAGCCCAGUAACAGUAAACUGCUCAGGGACUGGUUGCUCCGCAGUGCUCUCUAACCCUCCAUGGGACUCAUGGUUACGAGUUGUUGUUGAGAGCAGCCAAGACAACCGUACUGUAACCUUUAGUAUCUUCUCAAACUACACAGUGGGAUGUAAGCCAAAAAGUGUAGGCCUUAAUGCAGAUGAUGACAUCCGCAAGCUCCGUGGCAACGACAGCUAUUCCAACUCAACGUCGCCAGGCAAUGGCUCACUGUCUGCAGACAUGGUCAGCUUCAUCAAUGAGUCGACAUCACUGUAUGCGCUGUUGUUGGUGCCUGCAUGUGUGUGGAACAUCCCUGUUCUCUAUGAGGAGGUGGAUGUUCUGUCGCUGCGAUAUACUCCUGUGAACGGACCCAACGUCAGCGUCACAAACACACACCCCACAAUGCUCGCCUACCCCCUGCACACACAAGCCACUGGAGGCACGCUCAACCUGCAGCUCACACUCAACACUACUAAUGUAAACCUGGGGAACAGUAGCAGCGUUGUGGCCUGUCUCUCUCAAGGGGCUCCAGUCCUUUAUCUGAACCACUCUCAACCGUGCCGCACAGAUUUCUUUGGAGGUUAUGGUUUUCUCUUGAAUGCCAGUGUUCCUAAAGCUGUGGUCAGGCUGCCCUUCCCUCAGUCAGCAACAUGGUACCUCACAAUGCAGCUCAUGUGUAACAGCAGUGACUGUGGGAACACGUCCGCGGUGCAUGUCGUCCCUGAGUUUUUUGUCAGUGCCUGUGUAGAGGACUGUGGGACAUAUGGUGAAUGUAGACUACUGAGAUCCUACAGCUACUUGUACAGUGCCUGUGUCUGCAAGGCUGGCUGGAACGGUUGGGGCUGCACAGACGACUCGACAGCUCAGUCUUACUUGCGCCAGUUGACGGCAACGCUGCUGCUCACUCUCAGUAACCUGUUCUUCCUGCCCGUCAUAGUGGUGGCCAUCAAGCGCUCCUACUUCACCGAGGCGUCCAUCUACAUCUUCACUAUGUUCUUCUCCACGUUCUAUCAUGCGUGUGACCAGCCCGGCGUAGCUGUGAUGUGUAUAAUGGACUACGAUGCCCUGCAGUACUGUGACUUCCUGGGGUCGGUCUGUUCCAUCUGGGUCACCAUCCUGUGCAUGGCUCGCAUCAGAGACACUUUCAAAUAUACUCUGUUCAUGCUUGGCGCUCUGCUGAUUGCCAUGUCAAUGCAGCUGGAUCGCAAAGGCCUGUGGAAUUUGCUGGGCCCGGUCCUAUGUGCACUGCUGAUCAUGGUCUCUGCAUGGGUGUCCAGAGGUGUGGAUCGGCGACACUGUUACCCGCCUUCUUGGCAACGUUGGGUCCUUUACCUGAUCCCAGGGAUAGCAUGUGCACUGAUUGGGAUAUGCCUGUAUGUUUUUGGUGGAACGGAGGAAAACUACUACUACACACACUCGCUGUGGCACAUCCUGAUGGCCACCUGCGUGGUGUUCCUGCUGCCGCCAAAGGAGAAGAACAGGGAGACGUUGGGCUGGAGCAGAGGCUGGAACUGGAGCUGGCGUUGGAGCUGGAAACCCCGGGUUUGUGGGUACACUCUCUGUGAGAGCGGCAAGGAUGAACUCUAUACUGUCACCUAGUGGGUUAAGAGGUGCUGUAUGGAGGUGAUUGAUUGUCUUCUGUGUGAGUUCUACAUACACUGGGGUGUUAACACAAUGACUCUAAGCCUCAGCAGUCUGAUUUAUGCUCUGUUGAAUGACACUUUUAAAGUUGCGGUGCAACUCUUUCCACCGACCAAAGACCAAAGACAUCUUUUCACUCUGGCUUUCUUGAUUGUUUCAGCCACCGCACUGACCACCUCUGUUUCUUGCACUGCUGUUGUGCUCUCAGUAAAAGUACAUUCAAAAUCUC